AUGUCCUUCCUCCUAUCGCUGAGCAAGGACAAGAAAUGGGGAGUGAUGUGCGUACGGGUGUGGAAGUGGGGUCCAGUCAAAGUCCUACAAGUCGAUCAAGGAGUGUUGAGAGUUGUUGAGAUGACACACAAUGAGAUUGACAAGGGGCUGAGGAGGAUUCUUCGGGAAUGGACACAGAGCGACAAGAAGUAUCUCGUGUCCUUGGACGGUUAUCAACAGGGGUUACAUGAGUCUGUGCUUACUGAAUGUGUAUUGUGGCUCCACCAGGACCGGGCCAAUCGGCGGGUUGUAAUCACGACAUCGAUGAAUUCUCGAGCAAAGAAAAAACCUGAGCAAGAUAGAAAUGAGAAAGUAGAGGAGCUGAUGGUGUACUCGUGGACACUGGAGGAGUACCUAGAGGCCAUUAGGCACGAGUUGUUCUACGUGAGUGUGGCUGGAGUGAUGGGAUGGAGCUUGGAAUCGGAUGUGAAAGAAGCAGAGAAAAGGUCUAGAGAGGUGGAGUCGAAGUUUCAGAUUGUUGGAGGCUCAUGCCGAUAUAUGUUCGAACAUACGACAGAGAAAGCAAUCAACGAUCUUCGUCAAGCGAUGGACAGUGUCGCUGAUUACAAGAAGCUCAUUGACAUGAGCAUGGGCGAUACUUCAGACCAGUUUGUCAAUCGGCUACAGGGGAAGUAUCGCAUGGGAAGCCAAGUGUACUGGACGCCUGUGAGCAGGUUUGUUGCCACGGAGCUAGCACAGAGGCUUGGAGAAUCUUUUGUGAGGGAGAUUGAGGAGCUCUCUGGCAUUGCUGCGAAUCCGACACUUAAGGGUGUGUUGUUUGAGAUGCUGUUCUUUGCUCGGAUAGGACGAGAGCCAGGGCUGCAGGUAUUGCUCAGGUCAGGGAGGGAGUCAGAGCCACCAGGCGUGCCAGAGAAAUGGGACCGCUGGGGUUUGUACGAUGUGAAAUAUCUGGACACAAGCGAAAUCGACGAGGGCUCGGAGAAUGGGAUGACGCGGAUGUGCCUGAAGCCAUUGAAAUGGAAUCAAGGAGGUUUACGAUGCAGUGAUCGUCGACUGGAACAAGACGUCGGUGUGUUUCGUGCAGGGGGGAACUGGGAGGUGAGGAUUGUGUUUAUCGUUAAGAAGGAGAACCUCUACAACUUCGCAGUGAGACAUGUGGAAAACAAAGACAUACUUAGAAAGUACGGGUGGGCAUACAGCCAGGAGGAGAUUGAUGCUAAUGUUGUCGGGAUGGACUCAGGACCGCGAAGGUAG